AUGAAACUGAAGACUGGCGCCGGCAGAAUCGAACGGCAGCAUCAAAGGGUACAAGUGAUUGGGAAUCGCCAUGAUGGAGCUUUUCUGGUCAUCAUCUCCGGCAGGAAUCGCAAAGAGACCCUUUGCGCCGUCGUCGCUGCGACCAUGCUCGCCUUCAUACCUCUCUGCAAACCGCUUACGUCGCUAGAUGGCCGGCUUGCUAGGUAUAUCCUCGUCCCAAACCGCCAGUCAGCGAUGGGUCUGCGGUCGUCUUCCUCCGUCGAGAGUCGGCUGCCGCGCGAUCGGGAGCAGCCAUGCUCGUUUCGAACGAGACUGGUCGAUCCUGUGACGGAUCCUGACGCCGACAUUGUUUUCGAGAGCACUGACAAGCUGGACAGCGAUGACCUCAAGCUCGACGACUCUCAGUGCAUUUCGGUCGGCCGGUGUAUGGGGAAGUUCAAGGCGAUUCCUGAACUGCCAAUCGUGCCGAAUUUGGAGCAUGGGCAAGUCAACGACACUAUGAUCGCGAAGGAACUGGGUCCAUGCCUACACUCGAUUCCAACCAACAUGUCCAGCCCCGGAAACGACGAGAAAAUCGAAUCAGCCGAGUCCGCUCCUGAGAAAACCGUCAGGCUCUGUCUUACCAUCCCUCAGGAACAUCAGGACGAGCACACUGUCUACGGAACACUCAGCGACCCAACGACAGCCUGCCGCAAGGUUUGGAUCCAAGAGAACGACGACAACGACGACAGCAAUGGCGCCAACAUGGAGGCCAUGAACAUGCCCUUUUGGAACCUUCCCAGGCGUCAGAAACGGCACACGUACCAUGUUGGUGACCCCAUUCCCGACGACAUGUCCAUCAUCUCCAACAUCUCGCUCAUUCCAACCUAUUUCCCCAGCGAUGUCAUGAAGCAGCAGCGCCCUCACCACCGCGCCGUCAUCAAGCGCCUGAUUCGGACCAAGGCCAGGGCCGCCAGACAAACCAUGCGGGAGCUGAAGCGCACAUGCCGUGACGCUGUUGGCAACGUCUUUGUCGAGGCUGCCUUUUACCAGCCUCCCAAGUGUGUCGCUGUUGGUUCGGCCUCCUGA